AUGGCUAAACGACAGGCCAAGGUUUAUUUAGGUUAUGAAGAAGAAACUAUAGGAGAGAAAAAUCAAAUUCUUCUGAAUUAUACAGUCAAUAAAAUUGGAGGUUUUCCCAACUGGCCACCACUGGAUAACAUAAAAUUUUCUACAAAAUGUCCACUGUGUGGAUUACACAGAAUGAUGAUCGUACAAUGUUAUGCACCUCUUGAAAAUUCCACAUAUCACAGAACAUUAUAUGUGUUCGCUUGUAUCAAUCCAAACUGUUGGAUACAAUCAGAAAGUUGGGCAUGUAUGCGAAGUCAAAUACAAGAGUUAACUGUAAGCAAUCAAAGCACAUUGGUCAUGAUGCCUACCGCUAAUACAAAUGUUACUUGGUGUAAUGGAUCUGAUGAGUGGGAUGAAAAUGACAAUGGUGAUUCUACAAAUGGAAAUGUUAUGAAUAUAGAUAAUGAUCUUGCUAAUAGUGGUAUGAGAAAUUCUGAUGAAGACGAUGAAAGCAAUUCCUUCGAUUUGGAAACUGUAGAACAAGAUUUUGGAAACUUACAAGUAUUUGAUGCUCAUAAUGCCAACAUGUCCCCUCAAGGUGCUGUAGGUGCAAUGAGUGGUCCGGAAGCAGCGGCAGAAUUAGAGGGAGGAGAUGAACCCGGCUUGGUUAUAGUAGAGACUCCCACUGCUCCAAUUAAUGAUAUAGAUGCUUUAUUGCAUCAGACAGCGGAGCUACCAACUGAUUUAAGGAACAGACUUCUUUCUGCGCCACUGCAAUUCGUCCCGAAGUAUAUUUACGUAGAAGAAGAAUACAAAAAGCCGUGUAGUGAUGAUGAGCGUGUUACUGAAUUACUCAAUAAAUAUAAAAAUGAAAACGACAUAGAAGUUGGUGCUGAUAAAGCGGGAGGUGGGGGCUUGGACGAGGAAACGUAUGAAGAGGCAACACCACUACACGGCGACAGAUUGUUUCAUGCGUUCAUUACCCGCUUGCGAAAUAAUCCAGGACAAAUACUGCGAUAUUCUCGUGAUGAGCCUCCGCUCCUUGGAGCCCCGCUGCCAGUUAGAGUGGGAUCGCCCCAAUCUCCGUGUUUGCCAAAUGUUUGUGCCCGUUGUGGAGCCAGACUUAUCUGUGAACUUCAGCUGGUACCCGCUUUAGCCAACACUUUAAAAAUAUUGCCGAAUAACAUUUCAUUAGCACAUCUACAUUUCCUAUCUGUACUCAUUUUUACAUGCUCUCUUAGUUGCUGGCAGCCCAAUGAUACACUUGUCAACGAAACAGUUGUUUUCCAACCAGAAGUAGUUUAA